CUUAUUAUUGUUUGGAUUCUCUAUGUGCAUGAUUUUAAUUAACAUAAAAUGGAGAUAUUGCUUGGUCACUGGUAGAUAGUUAUACUAAGAUUCUGCUUUGCAUAUUUCCACCAUAAUGAAUCCAACACGACCAACUAAUGUUCGACGACAUGAGGAAUCAAGAUCUGCUCGUAAUGAAGAUCAUGAUUCUCAUUCAAUUCUACGUUCAAGGACCGAAGAGGAAAGACUAAGGCGUAGACGUGAGUGGCAACGGCAACAAGAACGGGAAAGACAACAUGAAAAAUUGAAACAGCAAAAGAUUUUAGAGUAUGAAAGAAAACGUGCACAAGCUUUAGGAUAUGCUGAGCCAAAAUCUGUACAUCAUAGUCGAAGCAAAAGCAGUAGUAAGUCUCCACAAUAUCGACAUAGAGGAAGAUCUUCGACAAGUGCUUCCAAAUCUGGUACGCUGUUUGAAAAAUUAGAGGGAUCUACAAGUGGGACAAUACCUUUGUUCAAAGGUCCUGAGGGCAUACAAAUUAGUACUACGGAGCUACGUCGAAUUAAAGUUGAUAUUCGCAGAAAUAUUCCUGUAAAAGGUCCAAUUCCUGAUCUGCAACGAAGUAUAGUUAAUGCCGAAGAUGUGAUCCUCAAAAGAAGAGAGGGAGAAGGAUGUAAACCAAUAUUCGACAGAGAAGAAAUAAAAAAAGCUACUAAGAUUAAUGAAAUAGAAGAGCGACGUACGGUUGUAGCUAUAGAUGGAGAGCAGCAGUCAGUUUCAACCAGUAAAUCGCAGAUUUCCAAGAAACGUUCUUUAUCAUUGAGUCCUACAUUGUAUGAUUCUGAAUAUCUAUCUUCUCACCAGUCUAGAUACCGUACAGAUACAAAACAUCAGGAUAACAGGAUAGAAUUCCGUGAUCAUCAUAAAAAUAAUGGAAGAAACAGCAUAGAAAAACACAGAGAAUAUAAAGAGAAAUAUACAGAAAGAGAUGCACAUAAAUACACUAACCGUUCGCGUUCUAGAGAACGGGAUUCGCGCAAGUCCGCACAUACCAGGCCACUUAUAGAAGAAAGAUCUUAUCGCGAUAGAUAUCGUGAUAGAUCGAGUGAACAUUCUCGUGAAAGAAGAGACAGAGAUAAAGAUAGAGAUAGAGAUAGAGAUAGAUCCAGAGAACGAAGAGAUGUUGCAUCGCAUUAUAUCGAGCCACCAAUACACGUGCCUAUCUAUUAUAAUCUUCCUCCAAGACCAAUUGUAGUAAGCCCUAUGGUCCCAUUUAGAGGACAAGUCCCUCCUAUGGGAAGAGGCCGACAUUCUGCUCUAAUGGCACCGGUUAGACCAUUCCCUCCACGGUUUAUUCCUCCGGAUAUGUACAGAUUGGGACCUCCACCACCAAACCCAAGAUAUGGACCGUUUUAAAAAUCUUUAUAGUCUUUAUACUUAUUAUACUUAUUAUACUUAUUAUAUUUUGUAACUCUAUAUAUUGAAUAAUAUGGAAUUGUGGUGAAAAGAAAUAUCACAAAUUAUUCAGCUAAUCGUAAUAAUUUCAAGAUUGAAAACUGGGAAAACAAGGAGCAAGAAACACAUAGAAGAUCUUUACAUUGUUACAAAGUUCUACCAAACCAUAUUCUAUCAAUACUGAAUAAUACAAAAAAUUAUUUUGAAAAUGGACAUUUUCAAAAACAAA